ACAUUCUCUGCAAGAGCAGACUUGCUGUGUGACGUGUAGAAGGGGCGGAAGGGAUGUUUGUGUUUUGGUUCUAAAUGGGAAGUUGCAAGAAGAAAGAAAAAGGUGGAGACGUGAUCUGGGUUGUUGAAAUUAAUUGGCGUGAAUGGUUUUGACUGGAAACACAUAUGGGGAGUUCAGAGCCAUAUCAUUCUAUCUUUUUACUACUGCCAACUUGAAAGAUUUACAUCUGAAGCCCUAAAAGUGCAGUCAGACGUGUGGGACAGACACUGACCGGGGGAUCUGACCAGGCCAUGGCCAACAGGGGAGGUGCUACGAGACCCAACGGGUCUAAUGCUGGGAACAAGAUCUGCCAGUUCAAGUUAGUGCUGCUGGGGGAGUCGGCGGUGGGCAAGUCCAGCCUGGUGCUCCGCUUUGUCAAGGGCCAGUUCCACGAGUUCCAGGAGAGCACCAUAGGAGCGGCCUUCCUGACCCAGACGGUGUGUCUAGACGACACGACGGUGAAGUUUGAGAUCUGGGAUACGGCGGGACAGGAGCGCUACCACAGCCUGGCGCCCAUGUACUACAGAGGGGCGCAGGCCGCCAUCGUGGUCUACGACAUCACAAAUGAGGAGUCAUUUGCCCGGGCCAAGAACUGGGUGAAGGAGCUGCAGAGACAAGCCAGCCCCAACAUUGUCAUCGCUCUGUCAGGCAACAAGGCUGACCUCGCCAGCAAGAGAGCUGUCGACUUCCAGGAUGCCCGGUCUUAUGCAGACGACAACAGCUUGCUCUUCAUGGAGACGUCGGCCAAGACAUCUAUGAAUGUGAACGAGAUAUUCAUGGCUAUUGCGAAAAGAUUGCCCAAGAGCGAGCCUGCAGCCGCUGGAGCUAACAGUGGGCGGAACAGGGGCGUCGACCUAACUGAAGCCGCCCAGCCAACCAAGGCCCCCUGCUGCAGUAACUAAUGCGAUGCCCACCUACUGCAGUGACUAAUAUGCCCGACUUUCGCUGCAGUAAACUAAUGUGACGCCCCCCCACAAAAAAACUCUCUGAUCUGCAGCAACGAAAAAAGUUGAUAUCUGAACCCUCCUCCUCCUCUCUGCAGUAACUAAUGCAAAGCAACACCCUCGUCUAUAUUUCUCAACUACGCCCCACCCCUCCCCCACUGGUUCUGCUGUUACUAAUUGAGACUCCUCCCACCUUCCUCUUUUUUUCCCCCUUAAAUUAGUGCUGCCUUCCCUACCCCAUUCCUCCAGACUAUUGGCUAGCAGCAGGACUAAAGGGCGGGGCUCCUGUGAUUUGGUCUCCUCUCCUGGGAUAGAUAGACUGUUUCUAAUACGCAAUCUCUCAUGUCCUUUUUUUGUUUUUGUUCGAUUUUUGUUUUGUUUUUCACAGUUAUUCAUCGGAAUUAUGGAUGCAUGUAUCACUAACAGCCUAACAUGAUGAUGGAAAAAAAAACUAUUUUAACUUUAUUCAGCGGCACACAAAACAUCUUAGAGUGAAAAGAGGAGUGUCUCCAAAAACGCUGACAGAAAAAACAGAGGGAGAGAUGAGAGGGGAAGAGAGGCUCCAAAGGUUUGUUAGGGCUAAAUCAUAAGGAAACUAAAGAAAAAACUGUUUAGCAGGGACUUGGAUCCCUGCUAGUUUCUUUCUCUGAUGGUCCCUCUGUUUGUCUGGCCUCCUCUUUCUCUUGUGUAACAUAUUCAUAUGCUUUCUCAACUAAACCUUUUAGUACCACUAGUGUAAUGUUGUUCCCUUCUCUCUUGGCCCCAUCCCAGGGCCUUGCCUGCUUCUAGCGUUCAGUCCCAACUCAAACCUUAACUAACUCCUGAACCAGGGGUGUCUAACUAAUUUUGCCCCAGUGGCCGCAUUUGGUCUUCAACAAGGUCCAAACGGCCGCACUCAAAAUUGGUUUUAUUUCCUUGCCGCCAUCGUAUUUGGAAUUUUGAUGCUUUUUCAUUGUCUAGUGAUUAUUAUCCAGCUGGACAGUCAAGAAACUGUAUGCAUGUAGGUCCAUUAUCAUUUCUAUAUAGUUUCAAAAAUAUAUAUAUUUUAUUUUUAUUUUCACUCAAACCACCCGCGUGCUGGAUUGGACCCCCUCCUGGCCACGGGCCAUAUGUUUAACACCCCUGCCCUAAACCCUUAUGUACUUCCUGUAGGUCUGAGAGGAUUUGAGGUUGUAAACAAUGUGGGGAAUAUUCCACCUAGCCUAUCAGAGGGUGUAUUAGGAGCAUUAUCACCGUAAUGCUCCUAAUAGACCUAUUCAGUCCUUUCAGAUCUACACAAUUAUUGAAGGGGCUAGGUUUGGGAUUGGGCGUAGCUGUUCUAGUGGCAUCGUGCAAUGGUUCACAGUAAUUGCUCUGUGACUUCUAUAGUUACCACCACAGUAUGGCAUCGGGGCCUCUGAGGCUUGUUCACUAGUAACCCCCCACCCACCCAAUUCCAAGCCUCCAGUCCCCUCCCCAUCCUGUCCUGAUGGUUUCUGUCUGAGGGAGGGGAUGAUCCUGAUUUAUAUGGGCUAUGAUGUCAGCUGUCCUUUAUGUCUCAACAUGUAAUGGAUGAGAUUAGGUAAUGGUUGAGGGCUAAUGCCUGUCCAGAUAUAAACAAGGUGCUGGUUGGAAGGCAGCUGUUUUCCACCUGGAGAGAAAGGGGAGCAUGGUGAGGUGACCUCUGUAGGUGUCAUUAGGAAUCCGCUGACACUAGGGCCCUGUCUGACACUAGGGCCCGGCCCUGUUCAAAUGGCACCCUAUUCCCUAUGUAGUGCACUAUUGACCAGGACUCUGGUGCCAUUUGGGACGUCACUCUCUUUGUCACGGACACUGAGAUCGGUCACUUCAUCCCCUGUUCUAUAGGAAGUGCUUUAGACACUGUCUGUCAGUGUGUGUACACAGGGGGACUGGGCUGUCUGGUGAUACAAAUAUCCUUAACGACAACAAACACACAUGACACACACACCCGUGUAUACACACAGGUUUAUUUCUUUCUCAACCCUGCUAGAUCUAAUUACUGUAAUAUAACACACACACACCUAACCACAAGCUACAACAUACACUUUUUUGUGUUAUUUUUAAACUCUGGACCUGUUACACACACAGUUAAAAACACCCCCCCACCCCUUUCUCCAGGUCUGUCUUCCUCAUGCCUUGCACUAAUGACGCUCAUGAAUAUAUCUUGUCAUAAUUACAGCCAGUGUGAUAUAAAUAUAUUUAUAAAUAAUAUGCUGUAAAUAGGGUAAUUGACAGGACUAAUGCUUGCUAGGGAGUUGUCUAGAUAAUCAUUAAAUAACAAAAUACUGUACAGUUAGUAAAAAAUACACUUUGUAUGGGUUUGGAGUUAUGUUUUUUUUCACACACAAAAAAAUCUAUUCUAAUUGAUGGUGGUCUUUAUAAAUGUGUGUAGUGUUGUUAACAAAAAAAUGUACUUGCGUUUCUUUAGUGGUCUGUCUUAUGUUUUUUUUUCAAGAAAAACUGGAUUUUUUUUGGUUUUCUGUUUUUUAAUAUUCUCUCUCGCAUUUCAUUAAUAAUUUUGUUAGCCAUCUAAAGCUAAGAAUCCCUGUCCAAUACUCAUUGUCCCAUUGGAACUGAACUCACACACCAUACACUGUCUGGGUGUAGAAUCCCUGUCGUGGGAACAGAUCAGAUUGACAAAACUAACCGUCCGCCUGUCUUAUAACGUCUCAGUAAGAAUGUAACAGCGUUGUAGGAACAAUGUAACAACAGUAGUAGUAGUAGAAUAAAAAAGAAAGACUGUUCCGUUCUACUGUUGGUACUAGCUGGUGGAUCAUGAUGAUGAAUAAAUGGAUUAACUCUUAGAUGUAUAUUGUUUGAUGUUGCUGUGGACAGUUAAUUGCAGAUGGAAAAAAAUAACAAAGGCAAGCAUUUUACAGUACUGUUAAAUAAUGACCAAAUAAAUACAGAAAUAAAAUGUAGAAUUUA